CCCACCCCUCGAGUCUCUUAGAGUUAAAGCUGCUGGGAUCACAUCUCCCUGGCAGUCAGUGCUUUCUUAACCCUGUCUUGGAAGGUGGCUGAUUUCUGGCCAGAGGGAGAAGACAGUGAAAUGUGCUCUGAGUAGGGAUGGUUACGCAAGACUCGAGGAGGAGAAGGAAGCUGAGAGAGAAGCUGGUGAGUCAGAGGAAAAAAGCUGCACAAUUUGGCUGGCAGAGCCUUCAGAGUGGUGGAGAAGGCCAAGCCAUUAACAAGCAUGAUACCACUCAGAAGAAUGAAGUUCCUGCUGUUCCUGGCUUCCCAGAUGGCCAUCUUCAUUCUGUUCAUCCUUGUAUACUCCCACAACGACAACUCCCUGCAGGUGAAGGAGGAACCCAAGUCCCCGCACAUGCAUGUGCUGGUCCUGUCUUCGUGGCGCUCUGGCUCCUCUUUUGUAGGGCAGCUGUUUGGACAGCACCCAGAUGUCUUCUACCUGAUGGAGCCCGCCUGGCACGUGUGGAUGACCUUCACACAAAGCACGGCCCAGAGGCUGCAUAUGGCUGUGCGGGACCUCAUUCGGGCCGUCUUUCUGUGUGACAUGAGCGUCUUUGAUGCCUACAUGAAUCCUGGCCCCCGGAAACAGUCCAGCCUAUUCCAGUGGGACGGCAGCCGGGCCCUGUGUUCCCCACCUGCCUGCAACCUCUUCCCGCGAGAUAAGAUCAUACCCCAGGCCCACUGCAGGAUUCUGUGCCACAAGCAGCCCUUCAAGGUGGUGGAGGAGGCCUGCCGCACCUACAGCCAUGUGGUGCUCAAGGAGGUGCGCUUCUUCAACCUGCAGGUGCUCUACCCUCUGCUGAGAGACCCUUCCCUCAACCUGCACAUUGUGCACCUGGUCCGGGACCCCCGCGCAGUGUUCCGGUCCCGAGAACGCACCACGAAUGAACUUGAGAUUGACAGCCACAUUGUGAUGGGGCAGCACCGGCAGAAACUCAAGAAGGAGGAUCAACCUUACUACGCGAUGCAAGUCAUCUGCCAAAGCCAGCUGGAGAUCUUCAAAGCCGUGCAGUCCUUGCCCAAAGCCCUAAGGCAGCGCUACCUGCUCGUGCGCUAUGAGGACUUGGUCCGGGACCCCCUGGGCCAAACUGCCCGAAUGUAUGAAUACGUAGGGCUGAAAUUCUUGCCCCGGCUCCAGACUUGGGUACAUAAUAUCACUCGAGGCAAGGGCAUGGGUAAGCACGCCUUCCACACAAAUGCCAGGAAUGCGCUCAAUGUCUCUCAGGCCUGGCGCUGGUCCCUGCCUUAUAAAAAGGUUUUUCGACUUCAGAAAGUCUGCAGGAAUACCAUGAACCUACUAGGCUACCACCUUGUCACAUCAGACCAAGAGCAGAAAAACCUGUCGCUGGAUCUUCUGUCUACCUGGAGCCCCUACGAGCUGGUCUACCAAGAGGGUUGAGGCUCCAUCUCCACCCAGCACCAGUUUCAGCCACAUUAACUGAAGGCUGUUUCUGAGCUUUGACAGUAUAUGUCAGUGUAUGUGUGAGUAUGGGUUUGCCCACACAUGUUCAAAUCGGGAGAUCUCUGUGUCUCUGCUCAUUUCUAGAAAAGAGACUUGGGAACCUUAUGUGAGAAGCACACACCAACCAACAAAACAGAAGUGAUGCCUUUCUUCUCUUUUUGGCCUUCCUACCUGUGUAUACCUCAGGGAUUCUGUGGCCUGGGUCCUACAUGGUACAAGCAGUAUCACUGGAGGAAAUCCAUAAACUCCUCUGUCCACAUCUUGCCCUAUGGGAAAGGAGAGAAACAGGAAAAAACAGGGAAAUGGGUCUUCUGCCAAAGAGCCCACCAACACAUUCAACAGGCAUGUGAACUCUGAGCCCUCAGAGCUCCCAGUGGAUUAAAAAAGAGAGCAGGGAUCAAGGUGGGAUGCUUACCUGUGAGCCUGGCCAUAAUAACUGUCAACUACCACAAAUACAGAAGAAAAUCUCUGCACAACAGAGCAAGCUUUUAAGUUCAUGGGGUGGCUGGACCCAAUUUGGACAUCAGUUCCCCUCAGUGUUUUCCUAUUUUAAGCUGUGAAAUUGCCGUCUGUUAACACUAAAAUUUCAAAAUAAGAUUC